AUGCUUAUUACGACUGAUGAGAAUCAUAAUGAUGAAACAAUAGAUUGGCCACUUUAUUUUACUAGUGUUAUAUUGAAGGGUGUCGCUAGUUUUGGAUCAUCUUUGAAAUGUUUUAUCGGUCGCACAUAUCGUGGGCUUAGUAUUGCAGAGCGUGAUUUGUCACUUUAUAAAGUCAAUUCAAUCGUUAUUCAAAAAGCUUUUUCGUCUUCAUCGAAGCUACGGUCAGUUGCUGAAAAAUUUGCUACAGAACCUGAAGUUGGGAAAAUGUCUGCUUUGUUCACAUUUAUUAUGGAUACCAACAAUACAUUAUGUGUUGAUUUAGCAGGCAUCUCCGCAUUUCCGGAAGAAGAAGAGGUGCUAAUUUUGCCUCUCUCGAUAUUUAUAGUGACAAAAAUCGAUCGAACUGACCCUAGCGGUGUUGUCAAAAUAGAAUUGAAAGCCUUUACUUCAGAAGAAAUAUUAGGGUCAACUGUACCACAAAUGCUCGGCAUGGCUAAUCCCAUUCAUUUAAUGAAAUCAACGGGAAAUCCUUUUGGUCGUUUAGAUCCAUCUAUUCCUAAAGAUUCUCAAUUGCAAACAAAACCUCAUGGUCAACGUUAUGCUGAACGUUAUCAAAGUGUUCUUAAACAUUUUGGUCAUCGAUUUGUUGAAAAAAUAUUCAAAACUCCACCAUUUUGUUCGAUUUGUGGUGAUCUUCUCUGGGGUUUCGCUUAUAAAGGUUUUCAAUGUCAACGAUGUGAUUGUGUUAUACAUAAGGAUUGUUAUGAUCGUGGUGUACAUGCAUGCACUAGAAAACAGUAUGCAGAUGUUGAAACGAUGAAAGAGCAUCAUUUUCAACAGCAACAAUUUUCUUUACAAACAAUUUUUUGUGAUCAUGAUGGAAGUUUUAUUAAACCAGGACAUUCAUAUAAAUGCAUGGAAUGUUCAAUGGUUGUUCAUCGACGAUGUCGAUCAAAAGUUGGAGAUUAUUGUGGAUAUCAAGGAAAUGCUUUAGAAGCUUAUGAAAUAUGGAAAAAAAAACAUAAAUCAGAUCCAGAUUAUAAUUAUCAAUAUAAUGGAGAUUUAUGUGAAAUCUAUUCAAGAUUUGAUAGAUUUGAUCAACUAAAUAAUGUUAAAGAAGUUAUUCAGCGUAUGUCAAAACUUCAUCAUUCAAAUACAACUUCAGGUUUUCAAAUGAAUGAAAUUCAAUUUUUAACAACAUUAGGCUUUGGAAUGACUGGAUCGGUAUAUUUAGUAAAACGUGGUGAAUGUUAUUAUGCAAUGAAAACUCUUCGUAAAAAUUUAAUAUUAGAAGGACAAAAUCUUGAAUAUGUUAAGUCUGAACGAGAUAUUCUUAUUCAAUGUCGAUCAAAUCCAUUUAUAGUUAAACUUUUUUAUGCAUUUCAAAAUGUUGAACGACUUUUUUUUCUAAUGGAAGUUGCUCGAGCUGGAACAUUAUUUAAUAUUCUUGAAUAUCAAGCACCUAAACCAUUUAAACAAGAUCGAAUUGUUUUUUAUACUGGUGAAAUAAUAUGUGCACUUAUCUUUCUUCAUUCAAAACGUAUUGUUUAUCGUGAUUUAAAACCUGAAAAUGUAUUUCUUUUUGACAAUGGACAUGUUAAACUUGGUGAUUUUGGUUUAUCAAAACAAAAUGUUGAUAAUAAUCAUAAAACAAGAACAAUGUGUGGUACAGCUGAAUAUAUCGCUUAUGAAAUUUAUCAUCGAGAUUCUUAUGAUGAAAAUGUUGAUUGGUGGUCAUUAGGAAUUUUAAUAUUUGAAUUAUCAACUUUUAAAACACCAUUUUAUGCUAAUAAUAGUACAGAUAUAACACGAAAUGUUCUUUCAGAUCAAGUUAGUUAUCCAGAAACAAUGAUCAAAGAAACAAGACAAAUUAUAUCUGGUUUACUUGAACGAGAUCCUAAACGAAGAUUAGGAAAUAUUAUUUCUCCACAUGGAUUAUUAAAAGAUCAGCCAUUUUUUCGAGAACCAUACACAUUCGAUGCGAUUGAAAAUCGACUUGUUCGUCCACCAUGGACUCCUACUUCCUUGAUAUCUUUUAAAACAAAAACAAAAAUUCCACAAUUAUCUGAACUCGAUCCAAAAGAUGCUCUUUUAUUGUUAUCAACACCAGAAGAUACUUUUCGCAAUUUUUCGUAUAUUAGUCAGGAUCUUAUUACUUUUCUUUAA